AUGGAUAUGAAAAUAAAAACACCUGAGUUAAAAUGCAUGGAUCCAGAGAAUUACAGGAAAUACUUCCGGGCCCUUUGUUGGAGUGGAACAAGAAGAACCGACAAGAAACCUCCAAAAAAAUUCAAUAAAAAGGAUCGUUUGAAAAGGCUUAAAGGAUCAAAUGCUUUGGCAAUCUGCUAUACUCCAGCACUCCUAGCGAAUCCGUCUCAGUUUACAGUAUAUGCUACCGUCCGUAGAACUGUUCUAGCUCGCUGUAGACAACUUCAGGCCGCCGCAGCUGAUUGUUCCGAUGACAGCGAUGAUGAUGGAGUGCCAUCUAUUCCCACCACCAAAGUACCAAAGAUCACAGGCAUUGGCUUGCGCACAGUGUUUUCUCUUAUCUCUCAAGCACGAUUUACAGAUCCGAACUUGUGUGAGCAAUCACUUAGGGCCCUACUGGAUGUGUUACAAGGUCACGCGCCUGAAGAUCUAGCGCACGAACAACAUGAGAUUAUGCUGAAUCUACACACCAUGCUGAUUGAAGUAUCAAGCUCUGGGGCUGCUGGCCGGACAGAGACUCCAUCUACACUGACCGCUCUCAGCAGUUCUUGCCUCAUUGCGUUGGCUGUAGCUCGGGGUGAAGCCGAGCUUGUACUCAGCGCUGUGACGUCACUCGUCAUGGCCUCACCAUCGCUUACAGAACAAUAUAUACAUAUACCGACAAAUUUGACAAUAUUGCAAAGGAGUGUUCACUCUGUCAUCCUGGGUCCUCCUUCUAGGAAUUUGUGGUUGAAUUUCGGCGUUCCACACAAGUCACUGGUGACAAGUUUUCCUGUGGACUUACCACCACAACUCACUGGCACUGGGGAAUUAGUCGUCCGUUCAUUAGUAUCGGAUGGUUGCUACUUAUAUGUAUUUACAUCAAAGGGAUUACUCAAAAUCGGUUCAGGAUACGGAAGUUCUAUACGGCAACAUGUAUAUCAGUACAAGCCGGAUUUCUUUGCUAGCGACAGACACGGAUGGCUGGGCUACUGUAAGAACAAACUGUACGUCAGAAUAGGACGUAAGAAAAGUGAGGUUUUUGAAGUCGAUAAAGAGACUUUAGAAGUGCGAAGCGUUCUUAGACUGGAGGCCGGGCAGCCUGCACCUGUUGAACCUAAAUCAGCAGUGUUCACGGACGGUCACCAACUUGGAUUAGUACUACUUACAAAUUAUGACAACCUAACGAUUCGUAUGUUCGAUGUGGAGACGAACGCGUCUGAACGUAUACACGGCGGCACGCACGCUCUCAGCGCUCGUCGUGAACUGAACGUUCAUUUACUUCGUCGGCGGACUCUUGUCUUAGGCAGACCGUCUUUCGACGAUGGACUUUCGAGGCGUAUGGUAGACCUCGAUGCACCAGUGGCGAUGCAACUGGAUGACAAUGAAGACGAUCCCUUACUAGGAAUAUGCUCUGGACAGGACUUUGGUCUUUUGACCACAUCUUCCGGAAAAGUUUAUUACACCGGUAAAGGCACAAGCCUCGGCUAUAAAGUCCCAGUGCCACAUACCGGUCGCUGGACGCUCAUGAAGGAAACGCUCUUCAAUAAGCAUGAAGUAGCGAGUAUAAGGAAAUGCAAAGUUGUACAGGUGGCCCUCGGACAUGAAGGUGUUCACGCUAUACUGGUGUUAGACAAUGGCACAGCGUUGUUCACGGGAGUGGCUCGGCGAGGGGAAGACGGUGACGCUAACCGUCAUCGACGAACACCUAAACCUACACGGCCCAAAAAGAUUUUAAGGGCGGAGGGCCAUCAUAUAGUGUACGCGGCUUGUAACUACGGGUCAACGGCGCUGGUUACCCGCCACGGACAACUACUCAUGUUUGGGAAGGACACUCAACACUGCGAUGAGAACGGCCUCGUUACUGGAUUGAGACACGAGCGAGUCAUACAGGUUGCUCUAGGUAAAGCACAUGCAGUUGCCCUCACGAAUUUCGGCCAAGUGUAUACUUUUGGCAUCAACAACAAAGGUCAAUGUGGACGUGAAUUUGGUUACACUAAAGAAAAACCAUUUCUCCGCGAAGGUGCUGAUAAAGAGGAAUUGAGGAUCUGUCAGUCUGCUCAUUCCUGGUCUAUGGAGUACUGCCGCGUUUGUGUUCUCUGUCGCGAAUGUACGGGCUUCGGCAGCGCUUGUCAUUGUGCUGCACUACCUAUUAGACAACCUGGAGAAAAGUGUGGAUGUGGUGAAGGUGACAGCGGCUGCAGCGUGUGUGGUGUUUGCAAGCAGUGUGCUGAGGCAACCACAUCCAAUGCUUCGACAUCUGUUUCAGACCCACCGUUUUUCCCAUCCGAUAAAGAAGCGACUCAAUCGGAAGGAGCUGUACCAGUGUGUGGUGAUGAACGUGAAGCCGGUGUUAAAGUGACAAGUCUUCCGCCGGCUCGUGUAGCGGUGCCGGGGGGACAUCGGAUUGUCGCUGUCGCUUGUGGCUUGCACCACACCGUGCUACUUACGGAGCACGGUGAUGUCCUUACUUUCGGAUCUAACCAAUGGGGAGCUUUGGGUGCGGGUGAUGUUGCUUCCCACCAUCGACUAGUCCGCGUGCGUGUGCCGCGCGCUUCCGCCGUUGCAGCCGGGAGUAAUCACACCGGUGUAUUAACAAGGGAUGGCGAAUUGUACACUUUCGGUAGCUACCAGAAAGGAUCUCUGGGUCGUCCACGCCAAGAGGAGCCACGUUCUGACCGUAGUCCAGUGUGGUAUGCCACACCGGAGCGCGUGCCACGCAUCGGACCACGCCACGGUUGUCGCGCUGUAUGGCUCUGUGCUUCUGGUGACCAAACCUUCGUUCAAGUGUCACAGGCCCUCAUAAAUACGGACACAUUGUUCAGUUCAACUAUCACGGCCAAUAGCAACAGUAUUGUUAUUCUACCAAAUCGUCCAGAACACACAUUUAAGUGUAUCACCAUAAAUAAAACCGACGGAUCCUGUAACGCAUGGACCGGUCCAGAACAAGUUGAUUUUGUGAACACUCUCGCGUGUCUCGACCCUCUUUAUGACGUACUGUGGUGUUAUCAACCACAAAUGCGAGUCAUGAAAUGCUUCAACAUUAUCGCAUUUGAUUCACACAAGCUACAGCGCUGCUGCUCUAACGACCCUGAAGCAUUUUCGGAUGUCGAAUUCGAUUACCCCAACUACGGGUGUCUGAAAAGACUAGAAGACUUCCGUCACAUGGAGAGUUUUGAAUGGAUCACUAAUAAUGAUGAAGAUCAGGAAGCUGAGAACGUGGUACUAUCAAAUAUGUCUGUACUUAAUCAAGAAUUAGCUAUACCGUGUACUGUUGGAUGUCAAGUUACGAGAAUUCAUGCGGCAUUGCAUUUGCUCGGGUGUUUGGAUUCGCUCACUUAUGCUCACGAUAACAGGGCCCCUGUUGUGGAAUGCAAACGUGAUCUGAACAUACAACCAAUAAUUCCUGUAGUCGAAGACUACCAGACUGUUAGCCGCUUUGAAAAUCAUGGAGGAGGUUGGGGUUAUUCGGGACAUUCAGUUGAAGCAAUCCGCUUUAUGUGUGAUUGUGAUAUAUUAUUGGGUGGAGUUGGAUUGUACGGUGGUCGAGGCGAGUAUACAGCCAAGAUACGUCUGUAUGACAUAGGACCGGAUGGUGGCGAUCAAGAAGGCGAUGGUGAAGUUAUAUUCGAAUCAGACGAAGUCUUCUAUGAAUGCCCUUCGAAAGAUAGAUUCCCGCUUAUGUUCGAUUCACCUGUUCCUCUAAUUGCUGGCAGGUGGUAUGUGGCAGCUGCUACGAUUAACGGUCCUUCAUCUGACUGUGGGUCAGCGGGCCAAGCCAUGGUAAUAAACGAUGAUGUUGGGUUCCAUUUCAAAACAUCAAAGAAAUCCAACAAUGGUACAGACGUUAAUGCCGGACAGUUACCUUGUCUUUUAUAUAACGUAAUGGGCCCCGAUCAUCCGAUGCCCAUAAGACAUUUGGAUCCUGGCGAACCAGUGAUUGUUCUAUCAAAGAAUAUAUCGAGGAAAGUGACGGUACCCUGUUUCCGGUCACUGAUCACAUUAAUGCAGUGGAGUUGGAGGACCUUUAAGGAUAUUCUACUAGAAACAAACGGCCAAGUGCCUAUAAACUAUCAGAAGUUGACACUGAUGAAGCACCAGAAACGCUUGGUGUACAUCAUAAGAGCUGGUCUAAGACUUGUCAGAUCUUACAUAAAGGAAGUGUAUCCACAGAGCGUCAAGAGACGCAAUUCACCCGAUUACAUGUCAUAUUUCGAAUCCAUAGCGGAAAUUCGCAACUUCAUACAGUCUAUGAUGGCUGACCCGACACCGUCUUGUUCUAUGCUGCCUCGUCGGCCCGGCCGCAGCAAGGCUCACAGGAUUUGCUACGUACAAUUUGCUCUGGAUUUGACAAAUUCUAUACUUAUGGAGGCCCACGAAACCUUCACUGUAUGCUUUUACGCGUUCUUUCCGACGCCAAUUCUGAAAUGGAAUCACCUUUGCUUCAUGCUGUGUCAUGUCAAGGACGGCAGUGUAAACUGGACUCAUAUUCGUGAGUUGACGGCUACUUGUUCAGCCAUGUGCCUCUCGCAAAGCCUGAGAGAUGUUUUGCAGUACAUAGUACCGCUUACUCAUAGUCAGAACGGUACAUCAGAUACACGUAGAAUUGAUAACAAGAUGAUUAAAGACGUCCCAUGCAAAUCAGCGACAGUACCGCGUUCAUCGCACGCACAGAAACCCCCACCCAUUCCUCCCCGUGCAAAGGACAGAAUCAACGAUAACGAAAAAUCCAAUUACCUCGAUUGGCACUUACUGGACGUGGUUCCAAGAUUAUUGGAUGUGGUACUCAAUCCGAUAAAACAACAGCUGACUCGACGUCAAUGUGCGCCCCCUCACGAUCACGGGGAACUGUCUACACAGGAGAGACUCUCUGAAUGCUGCUGUAAACUCACAUCGCGUAUCAUUGCUGAAAUGUCUUUCAGUGCUUUACAAGCUAAAGACGAUCCUGAAUCCAAAUCGAAUAAGCAUCUAGUGACUGCGUCCCGUUUCAUGCGUGUGAACUCUGCCCGUUCUUGGAGUACUGGGAACGGUAGCCCUGACGCUAUCUGCUUCACUGUUGAUAGACCAGGCGUGGCGCUAGUGGGCGCCUGCGUCUUUGUGGGCAGUGGCCAUUAUGACUACACUAUUGAACUUCUACACGAUAUGCGUACGUCAUCAGAAGAAUCUAAUGCGACUCACUGCUGGGUCAGUCUUGAAGCUGCCGACGGUUCAUUCUCUAGUGGUGACGCGCAUCAUGAAAUGGUUAACAUCAAGUUCAAUAAACCAGUACUGCUUAAGGAUGAGAUACGUUACGCCCUUCGUCUUUGCUGCGAGGGAUCUCGUACUGCUAGCGGUGACUGCGGUCUUCCAGCGGUCACUGGACCCGAUGGAACUACUUUUCAAUUCUCCUCGUGUUCUCUCAGUUUCAAUGGCACAUCCAUCGCCCGUGGUCAAUUGCCUUGCCUCAUAUACUACAGAACAAAGUGGGUGGAGCGUUCUGUGGAGAGCUCUUCCUCAGCGAGUACAAGUAACGCCCGCGCCAAUAUGAGUCGUAUGAGUGAGGAGAGUGAGUGUGAUCGUGGGGCAGUCCGCGACGCUGCGGUGUCUGUGGCCUCACUGGUAGCGGAGCGUGCCGCUUUACUGUUAGCUAGCACACGAGCCCUACCACCGGAUGAACUCCGUCGCGCCGCACCCGCUCUCGCUACCGCUCCCGCUCUCAACACGCUGCUACCCUAUGCAUUGGCUAAUUUAGAGGGCCUCAACGAUUCUAAGAGUGUGAUUCAAUUACUGGAAAUGGUACACAAGUUGCUGCCUCACGUGGCGGCUGUUAAUCUAUUGAUACCGAGUGUGGAGGAGGUGUCUACAUGCACGACCAGUCAGUUCUACACCUGGGUCGAAAGCGACCAUCCAUACAAACAAGCGACUGUGGUUAAUAAACGGGUACUGUUUCCACCUCAAGUAGCGUGGAUUGUAUUAGAGAUGGACCCGCGCAGUAUAACCGCCCAGCCUGAGGACACUUUGACCAUUUACGCAGUAGCGGGCGCCCCUCGCCACCGCUGUCAUUGUUCCGGUGACACUAGGGUCAUCGACCCACCCUUCCGUAAGGUAUAUAAGAGAUUAAUCCAGUUGACAUCGGAAACAGGAGAAGUCGAGGAAUUAGAAGAGGCUAGUUCGGAUGCACCUUGCAUGCAUUACAACUGCACGUACGUUAGUGUGACGCCUAAACUGGGUAAUAUGCAAGCCGACUGGCCACAAAAGGCGUUGUUGGUACCCGGUAAUGAGGUCAUUUUCUCAUUAGAGACGGCAUCUGAUUAUUUAAAUGAAUACAAUAAAUCUGAGAAUGAUGAUAGUCGUUUCGGCUUCCGAUGUCUUUGCAUCGGGUAUGAGGAUAACUGGUCGGGACGCUCUGUGCUCGGUUCAGGGUUCCCGUCAGGGUUGGCAACGCUGGAAAUGGAACUGGUACAUCUUGGCGCUGCUUGUGCUUCACGUCUAUUAUCACCAGAUCUUGACAUACCACCCCUAACACGCGCGACCAUCGUGGAGGUUCAAACAAUGGCGCUGUCGUCUAGUACAACUGGAACGUCUUUCAUGGGAGAUGGUGCUGGCGCUGCGGUUGAUGAAGAUAUUACUGAUCAGAGUGAAGCGCUCCUUAUAUCACGAGGCCUCGAGCUGGCCUCGCCUCCAGCUGUACACCACGUACUGGAUGGACUUCCCUUACUACGGUGA